AUUUUAUCACUUUUUUAAAUAUGUCUUUCCAAGAACCCAAGAACCUCGCUGCCUUCAAGGAAUUGAUCGCUCAAGAUAAGUUAGUUGUUGUCGACUUCAUGGCCACAUGGUGUGGACCUUGUAAGUUGAUUGCUCCCAAGUUGGUCAAGUUCAUCGGUGAAUACAAGGACGUUGUCUUUGCCAAGGUUGAUGUUGAUGAUGUUGCUGAAGUUGCUGCUGAAUAUCAAGUUCGUGCUAUGCCCACCAUUAUGUACUUCAAGAAUGGUGUCAAGCUCGGAGAGGUUGUUGGUGCCAACGUUGCUAACAUCGAAGCUAAGAUCAAGGAAUUCUCUGCUUAAGCCGGCCUAUCGACUUUAUUUUUGUAAUCUAUAUCCACCAUGUUUGAAACAAAAUAAAUAUUUUCUUUCUAAAAAAAA